CGUGACUUGAGGAUCCAAAAUGGCAGAAUGUUGCAAGGUGGCUUUCAAGGUCUUCGCCGUUUUUUUCGUGCUUUGCUCAUUCCAGAAGCUAUCAUUGGCAUCCUACAGACUGACACGUACAGCUUACGAUGAGAUUUUUAAAAAGUUAGGUGUCUCUCUUGAGUCACUUCCAAAUAUCUCUUUCACUUUGAACGUUUCCGAGGAAUGCAGGGAAACUCUGACGAAUCUGCCCUCAAAGCCUGACUUUACACAAUGUGAGUAUGGAUAGCGUGUUAAGUUUAUAAAAAAGCACAACCAUUGUGUCAUCUUGUUUGUGCACGGUGAACUGAAAAGUUAAAUUAAGCUUUCACGAGUCGCUAAGUCAAAAAUACCGCUUCCUGUCGCCGAUGUCACGAAAACGUGAACAAAGGCCAUAUCAAACUUAGGAUCUAAGAUGCAUCCUAACUUUCUUCACUCAAUGAAGCUCUUUUCUCUAAAAUGAUUUUUUUUUUCGUGAAGACUUGUGUGGCGUUAAGAUAGAUGUAAGCACUCGGAGUUUGAAGCAGAAUCAUGAAUUAAGAAUCAAAGCGAUUAGAUUAGAAGGAAUCGUGAAUUUUCGUGUUUAAAACUUGGUACUCGUGAAUUAAUAGAUAUGUUAAAAUGUAACAUGAAAUUUGGAAAAAAGUUGCUGACAAAUCAUGAAGCAUUGCACCAAAAAAAGACAUGACUCAUAAGUCUCGAGGUCAAACGAAUACAUGUUUACCCGUCAUUUAUAAUCCUUUAGUGUUGAUCGGCGAUCGCCAAGCGAUUGUUUCAUUUCGUACGUCAUUCUUGAGGCGACCAAUUAAGAAUUUAGUGCCCUCCAUUUCAGGGCUACUUAAUGUAAUCAGAAGCAGACGAAGGUAUCAGUAAAGAAAUAGAAGGCAGGAAAUUUGUCUCGGAAUCUUCUUCUGUCAUUUCAUUCUCAUUUUUGUUCCGGCGAAAUACGCAACCAGUUGUUGCGUGACAUUAUUCAAUUUUACUUCAAUGAAGACAAUGUUGAUCCGCUCAUUAAUUUAUCGUGGUCUUGAUUUUACGCCGAUGCCUUUAAAAUGCGUCAAACAUUGUUUAAUUUGUUAAAUCAUGAUUGCAUUUUGGUGUUAAAAAACAAAUGUUUCCAAUGGCUACUCAGUAAGAAAGACAUUGCUUGCGGGGACACAUAAUAGGGGGUCACGAAUUUUUGUCUUUGUGAGAUGGUCUGUCAAUAUGGCAAGUGCUGGAAACCAAUCCAUCAUAUCAAAGCGUCCUAUGAUGGAGUGGACCUUGGCAGACGAAUAUUAUCACUUCGAAGGCUUUUCUUAGUUGUUUUUGUUGUAUUACGUGACCAGAGAAACUGUGUAAAGGACACUGAACUCGAAACGUCACUUAAGGUCAUCACGUCGAAAAGGAUUACACAGAUUGUAGUCGUAAAUUUCGUUAAAUCGACAAAACAAAACCAGACUAAUCGAUUCAAAACACGAAGCGAAGAAAAGCAAAGCCAUCGAAGCGGUGAAAAAAAAACGGUAAAAUUUCCGCACAGUCCCAUACUAUUGUAAAACAAAUCUGUUUUCCCAAUGGCAAUGUAUUGUUUUAGUCAUUGUUUUCUCUAUUCAAGAACUGAAUGCAUAAUGAAGUAUGGGGCUGUGCGGAAAUUUUACCAAAAAAACCCCUACGACUGAAAUAGUCUUCAACCAACGUAGAAAUAAACCUGAACUGACGAAAAAUAAUCAACCGAGACACAACACACAAAUGCAAAAUAAAACCAAACAUAUUGAACGAAGAAAGAACACAAUAUGAGACUAAUUAACAAGAACUACAAGAACGCCAAGACUAAAGCUUAGCAAAAACAAAAAACACGAACAAAGACAAUGAUGUAAUCCUGGCGCCUAAUCAGAGAAUGAUACCAGUAAACAGAAGUGUAAAUUGAUUUUUUUUUCUUUAGACCUAGAUGCCCUUGGUAAACCUCAAAGUGGAUUUCUAUUGGGAAAUUUUGGUUGGUUAGGAUCCUAUAGUGAAUGCACAAAGACCAUCAGUGAUGCACACUAUUGCCUAGCUUACAUCUCAUUAAAUAAGGUGAAGUGUUUACAGAUUUUUUGAUCCAAGUUACUUAAGAGAUGCAACUUCUGUUUGUUGUUUUUGUUGUUGUGACUGCUGAAUUACACUUUCUCUCUAUGAACUGAAAUAGCUAAAUGGACGCACAUCAUCAAAACUCGGAAAGAAGAAAAAGUUGCAAAGAUACAACGAAAAAUUCUUCAACAAAAUAUUUUUGCUAUAAUGAAGGUAGAUAAGUCCCCAUUCUCAAGCAGUCUAUGCAGUUUGUAAAUGAUAAUUCGAAUGUUAAAAAACAAACAAACAAAAAAAACAUAACUCUCCUUCCAAAGGCAAUCUCCUCCUUUUCCUGGUGGAGUUGAAAUUUAGUUUAGAACCCCUCUUUCAUGAAGAUGAUGUCCAAUUUUAUUUUAAUCUGGGAGAUUUAGCCAUCUGUAUGCGAACCUAGAAGAUUUUUUCCAACCUCAUCAGCAUUUUAUUAGAAUUCUUCUAUGGUACUAAUUUUUCUGAUUGUUUUUUUUCCCUUUUUCACGAAGACUGUGCCCAUACAUUGGGGUGUCUGUGCGCCAAAACAAUGCAGUGAAGAGGAUGUAACGAAAGCUCUACAAGAAAUCUUUACAGGUAAACACAUGUUCAGUGUCGUUUCCUUCGAUGAAGUUCCGCGUAUAGAUUUUGACUGAGUUAUGUUUAAAACAUGAAGUAGUGAGAGAGCAAAAUACCAACUACAUCCACAGCUGUAAUGCUGAUGUGUGAUCAGUGUUUAGGUUUUACCCGGGCCAAGUGGCCACCUAAGCGAACUUAUCUCGGUUUCCUUAGCAUGAAGUAACUUGUGACUUGAGGUAUCAUUACUCUCCCCUGGAUAGGAUGUUAGUCCGUCGCGCGGUUACCCUCCAGCAUUUUAGCAGGCUUCCCUUACGAUUCGCCGGUAUCCUUUUUAUACUCUUCGGGGGGAGGGGCACUGUGAGAAUAACGUGUCUUGGCUAAGAACACAACACAUUGACCUGACCAGGUCCUGAACCAGAGUCCAGCGCACUAACCAUUAGCCUUCUACAUCUCUCACUUGAUCAGUGUUUACAUACUCUUCUUUACCCAACAAGCGAUAGCCAACUACAACUAAACAAUGGUGAGGAUUUGUACAAUCUUAAGUGAAACCAGGGUUGACACGAGCUCGUUCUUAAUUGUAUGAACUGCCAAGAUGUGAAAAGGAAUAUAGAAUAUUUGUUUUCAGUUAGUCCUAGGAAUUUGUUUGAAUUUUUAAAAAAUAUUAUUACUUCUUUGUUAUUUUAAAAUCAUCAUCAGCUGUUCAUAUAACAGUGUAAUGAAGUUGCACAGAGAACCUAAGUACGUGUAUUGAUGCUGCUUGGAAUGAAAAGAUUAAGGCCUAAAGGGUUAAUGACGUAGAAAACAAGAUUAAUUGAAGAAACACAGACACUCUAACGACAAAAUACUCCCCUUUUCAGGUGGCAAUGAGUCGGUGGUGAGCUUGGACCCUCAGCCAGUCAGUUUCAUCGGAGAUAAAUCCCAUAAGAAACCUGUUUUCUGUAAUAAACCUUCGGAAUACACAACGGGAGUAAAGUUAACGCUGUGAGUACAUAUGCUGAUUAUGAGACAAAGAUGUUCAGUGUAACACUAUUGAUGACUGCCGCUUUAAAGUGUGCCUUGUUCCCAAAGAGUCACAUCUUUUCAGUUAAGAUAAUUUAUAGCGUAAUACUCUGACGACUAUAGCACUGCUAUCAAAUUUGUGCAAUACUCCUGCAAAUCUACCGGAUGCAACAUAAUUCCUUUUGCUAAUUAUGCUUACUGCCAACUAGUAAACUAGCGCGCGCGAUACGUUAAAAACUAUACUCACAAGGCCAUAGAAAAAUUUCCCAAUAGUCUGAGCUUUUGUUCUACAUUUAAAUUUCUCAAAAUCAUCGCAGAGUUAUACCCCAAUUUUGAGUCCUUCCAAAUGUCCUAAAUUUACAAAUCCAUGAGAGGUUUGAUAACUUUAUUAGACUGCUGUAAUAUUGUCGAACCUUUUUUUUUUUUAACACAAGACGAAUUACUAUUGAUUUUCAAUGGUUCAAGAAACUCUAACUCAUACCUGACUCUGAAUUUGCACGAUGUCCUGUAGGUAAGUAUUUUUUUUAUUCUCUUCAUCCUCACAGGAUUUUAAUUGGCUUAGUCUUGCUUCUCUGUCUGGUUGGAACCAGCUUGGACAUAGCUAUUGGCUUUAUGAAACCACACUCCACACCUGUCAACAAAAGUGAUGGCUUCAUGCCGGUCAGAGGGGCCUCCAUGGCAACAGACCAUGAUACCUUCAGUGACAGCUCAAAUCUAAUCCACUCUUCCACAGUUUCCUCGAGUUCAAGGCCAAUUUUGUCGAGCCUUCCUCAAGAACCCGCUAAGCCAAGUAGGUAUUUUGUAAAUCAGUGUGCUGUGGUCGUUGAACUUUUAUUGCGCUUAUUCAACUGUGGAUGUAGUGUAUCAAUUCAUCCUCUGAGGGUUCUAAAUGCUGCAGAUAUUUUUUUGAGAAUUGUUUAAUCUGCGGGUUGGGUUGCUUCCCAACUUGUUCAAAGUCGCCCACUCCCCCCCUCACCUUUUCGUCUCGUAGCCUAAAGAACCUUGGGAUCAUCGGAAUUCUCUUUCCUCACCUCAUGGAACCAUUAUGUUUGAGAGGCCAAUGAAAUCGCGUAUAACUACUUGUUUUCAGACAAAGAUCUUUUCCAUUGAGAGCUGCGUUGUCUGAUGCUAAAUAGAAGGUUUCAUAAGGUUACGAAGACCACACUUACACGACAGUUCUGGACGUUUACAAAGGAUUUGUAAGGCUUGAAAAAAAAAAAAAAGCCAACGAACCAGAAUGGAAAUCAAAUAUCGAAAGGAUCCUCAAAGGUGAACCUCACUGAUUGAACACGCCGAUGUGUCCAAACACUGAAUAAUGUUUCCGCGGAAGGAGAAGGAAAAUUGUAGACAUAAAUUUUAGGAAAUUCAGAUGUUUUUCUUAUCAGCGAUUUGAAAAUUUUCAGAUUGAUCGAGAAGAGUGUGGUCGCCUUCCGUUUGAAUUUCUGUAGUGGGUUUGCAAAAUGUGUUCACAGGGUGUAUUUCCCCGACGAAUUUACUCCGACAGUAGACCGUCUGAGAAUCAUACUAAUGUUUAUGCAGCACUAAGAUAUUUACAGUGCGAGUCGCUGAAAUACUCAAGUCGAACCCCUUCAAACUGCAGCCUUUAAAAUAGGACAAGUGGCACUCUCUAUUACUUAACAAGAUUUCUUUGAUUUUUUGCCGUAGAUUUUGUGUCGCGAUUCUUGUUAUGUUUUUCAUGGAUCCAAAAUACAAAUCGUAUCAUGGAUACCAAUGUCCCUCCCAGUGCCAUCACAUCAAUUAAUGGUAUGAGAGUGCUAAGCAUGUGGUGGGUCAUCUUAGGACAUCUCUUCUCCGUACAAAUGAUAACAUCUAUUAGUAAGUAUUUGAUUUUGCUUAUAUUUUGUCUUCUAUAAAGAUACUAAUUACACUGAUAGUUUCUACAUUACUUUACUUUUCAUUUAGUUACUAACGCUAUCGGCACUAUAAUAUUAAAGCUAUUUGCACUUUAGUAUCAACCCCACUUACAAUUCUAUUGCUACUACCACCGCUAUAAUAUAAUUUAAACCCUGACUACACUGAUAUUGUUCGAACGCUAAGUGACUACUAAAUGCUACUGACACUACCAUACUGGAGCCACAAACAUGACAAUACUAGCAACACUUGCAAUAUCAUCACUUCUCACACAACUUACAUUACAAGUGUUGAUUGCACUAAACUAUAUCUGAAACGUAGUUAAAAGUUGUUUUUCUCAAUCAUUAUUUUGAUCAGUUUUUUCUCUCUCAUAUUAAUUCUUCACCUGUUGUUCCUUUUUCUUUUUCAUAUCACUUGUUUUAUGACGAAUGUGGACAACUGGUCUCAUCGAGAUGUUUACGAGCGUCUUGCAACUAACCAUAUCAAUUUUCUUAUUCUGAUUUGCUGUAGGUAACUUGAAGUUAUUUACGAACAUUAUUCAUCGGUUCACCUUCCAAGCAGUUGGCAAUGCAACCUUUUCAGUGGACACUUUCUUUUUCCUCAGGUACGUUUUGCAGCUUUUAGUCCUGAAAUCAUUUUCGAGGUCAUCUUAAAUCCUGAAUAAAAUCCAAUGUAAACGUAUUUUUGUAAGUUUGUCUCCAUAUUAUGUGUAAUUGUGUAACGGAGGGGGGAGGGGGUCGGGGAGUUUUUUUUAAGGGGGGAUCACAUGGUUUUCGGAAGGAACAAAGAAGGGAUCAGUCGUCAUCAACAGAGUAUAAAAGAAGGCACCAUCAAAUAUUGACCGCCCAUUAACUGCCAACGAAGGGGAUUAUAAGAAUUCUACAGAGCCUACUGGGUAAAUUUUAUUGUGACACAACCAAAAUCCUCCUUUUCCUUCCCCCAUUCUUCCCCCUCUCCUCCUCCCCAGGCGGCAAGUAACGACCGGUCCUAACUCCAGACAGCUUCCUGCCAGUAUCGUGAUCUCCACUUUUUGCGACAGAUCAGUACUAGCUCUUUAUCAUGUAAACUACGGUGUUAUACAAGGAUUUCCAGCCCUGAGAAAAGCCGUAACAACAAACGUGAAAAAAAUACGAUAUUUUUGCACGUGUGUUUGAUGUCGCCAAUCAGCUGCUGACACGUCACUUGCUUUUCACGCCACUCGGUCAGGCAAAGCCUUCGCAAUUCUUAAUCCAAAGUUGUUUAUUGGAAUUUUUUCGGAUUAUGGCAGCUAAAACAAUGUAAAAUCCGUAUCACUUACCGAUAGUGACGUUCAAACUUUCCUAGAAGGGGAAGAAAACCAAAAUACGGAAAGAAAAACCGAAAGUUAUGUAUUCAGUGGCAUUGGUAAUGGCAUUUCUCGCGGCUGAAAAAGAAAAUCGAAAACUGGAAGAUUUGCCACAGGUCGAUUUUGGCCGUGUACCUGAAAGAUUUCUUCUGUCGCUAAGGACCAAUUCAAUGACUGAGAAUUUGUAUAAUGUAAACUAGGCCCAUUGUUUGUUUUGUAGUGAUUCAACCCAUGUUUUCAUAUUGAGUGCGCCAACGUAUUUAACGAUUUUUAUUCGGAGACUGUCGAUCCUUUCAUUUUCAUUCAUUAAUAAAGUCGACUUUUCUUGGCAGUAAAAGGCCCUUGUGUUUAGAUGAUAAACAAAAUGAUACAUGGUUGCUUGUAGAUAUGAAAUUUCUCCUCUCGUGUUCAACUAGACUUCUCACUCGUGAGCUAUCGCACCCAUGUAUUAUUCUCUACUUAUCAGUGUAUCUAUGGUAUUCAGCAGCAUUUUGAAAGACACAACUGAAAGAUGUUAUUUUCUUGAUUUUCUAGGGAAGUUUUGUAAAUUGAGUGAUGAUCUUAACUACUUUUAUUCAUUUUGAAACCAGCGGCCUUUUGGUAGCUUAUCUGGCACUUCGUAAUAUGGAAAAGAAAAAUGGGGAACUUCCACUCUUCAUGUAUUACUUUCAUCGUUUUUGGAGGUACAAGCAUGGAUAUGAUAUUGUAUUUCUUUCACUUCUAUUCAGAGGACGGUAAUAUAAUAUUUAGAGUGUAGAAGGUACUGUACAAAUUCAAGUACCUUCGUAGCCAAUUCAGUUCUAGUUAUGCAGUUUGACAUUGCGUGUGAAGGGCUGUUGGUCAAAACAGCUUCUUAAACCUGUAAUUACUCUAAAUGCAUUAGGGGAACUCAAUUCGAAUAUCUCAAAGUUGUCUCUUGGGAAACACAGGCGGCUAACGCUCACGUCUCGAGAAAAAGCCAACAAUUAAUUCACGAAAGCGUCACGCGUUGUGUGACUCGGUGUUAAGUUGCGAGAGGAACCGUUGAACAUUUGAACACGUUAUAAGGAAUAGUAUGGGGAACAAAAUAUGGUCGAUUUACAACAAUAAAUAUUUCGAAAUAUGAACAUUUUACACGUUAAAUCGAUAAAACUUACUCACAUCCUGUGUGUCCGUCGUAGUUUCUAGCGAUUUCUGUUAUUCAUGUCAAAAGACUUUAUCCGACAAAUGAAUCAAUCUAGAACAGGAAAAGCACGGAAAGUUGUGCGAACACGGGCCUUAAAGUUAAGGUUUGGAAUAAUAAAUCGGCAAUUUAAAAACAAACGUGUGUUACUCGUUGAAGGACUCAGCUGAAUAGUUAAUUAACCCUCUCGCUAGAGGACAGACCCUUCAGGCGAAAGUCGAUUGUGUGACGCUUUAAAACCUCUACAUUUUUGCCUUGAGGUUCUUAUCUUUGUGAUAAUAGUAUUGAACUGGAAGAUAUCUCGUUAAAAGUUUAUUUCAUCAAUUCUUUACAGGUUGACUCCAACGUACAUGUUCGUUUUGCUGUUUUUCGAUAAAAUGACACCAUUCUUGGGCGAGGGUCCGAUGUGGUAUACAUUGCAGGCGGGCAACACUUGCGACAGUUACUGGUGGACGAAUCUUCUCUACAUCAACAACUUUUAUCCCACUAAAUUUUCAAUUUCGGUAUGACUAAUGUUCAGGAUAGUAGAUGUUGUGUAUGUUUAAAUGGAGACCUUUACUUAUUAUCAGCCUGGAAAAAGAACAUGCCUGUUGAGGCUGAGGGACAUUUGCAGAGGGCAGAAUUUCAGAGUCCUGAUAUCCAAACUCCACUCCCACGUUUUAAGACAGAUACGGAAGUGUAGCCUUUUGUGGACUGUUUAUUGACAGUUUUACGUGUAUGGAUCCUAUCACUGUUUUCUUUACAGUGUAUGGGCUGGUCCUGGUACUUAGCUAAUGAUAUGCAGUUCUAUAUCAUCUCUCCUGCUAUCCUCUUCACGGCAUACAGGUAUUCAGGCUAAAAAUCUCGCUUCUUUAGAAAUGUUAGGUAUCAACCUUGCACCAUCCAGACAGAACAUAUAUAUUUCAUUGUGGCCUGAAUUUUCAUCAAAAACUUAGUGUGCACUAUAGCUUCAUGCGAGGAAAACUGUAAGCCUCAUAAUCGGUUUCAAGGUGUGUUUAGACCAAUCACUAGAUAAUAUUUUGAUUUAUUUUAGUCCUGAAUUGAGUAUGGUAACGCUCCCAACUGCUGCUUUUGCGUGGCGCUUUAGCGUUUCUGUGAGGUUCUAGUAAUACACAGAAUUAAACCUUUUUCGUGUCGAAAAGUAUAGAUCACUUUAAGGAUAGUCAAUAAUUUCGUAUAGUUUCUACUUUUGAAAUCUAAAGUCCUCUUAUUUUUUGUGGGAUCGACUGACAUGACCGCUGUAUGAAGAUACAACGUUGGAAACGAAAGUACAGAAAUGGUACUUAUAUAACUGUCAUUUCGUUUGUGCCAAGGACGCAAAUGUAUUAUUGGCACAAAACAAAUUAUUGCUACUAAGAUUUUCUCAUAGAGGAAUCCGUGCAUUUUUCUUAACUUGCAUCCUAGAGUAUUUUUGUUGUUUCUAACUGUGACAUAUUUUUGUGAUUAGAUUUCGCUUGCGGGGACUGCUUCUCAUUGUUGCUGCGUUGAUGGGGAUCAGUUUUAUCACAACAGCUAUCUUAUAUGCACAUUAUCAUCUUGCUGCAGUUCAGUUAAGUCCUGCAGCUACUGCUGAAGCGUAAGUCAUUCUUACUUACCCUUAUGUAAAAUGUGCAAAAGUAAAUUGCAAAUCCAUAUUGAGAGAAGAGGCAGCGUGCUGGUUACUGUGAUGAACGCCGGAUCGAAAUAUCAGGGUUUAAAUCGUUGAGAAGGUUUUUGGGCGUGGCAUUUUAAUCUCACGGAAACUGUUUUCACCGGGCCCAGUUGUUCGAGGUAGUUGGUGCUAAAUCAGAAUUUAGAGAUAAACUUGAUUUUGAUCUCUUUUCCAUGAAACUGUGCAUGAUUCUAGAGUUUUGAGAGGUUUUCGAGGCAAAAGUGUACCCCCUGUAUAAGCAGGAAAAUUUUCGGCAAAGCUCUCAGAGCUAAAUGAAAAAUCUGUCCUUGCACCGAGCUAGCGAACUUGUGAUUCGAACAAGCUAACCAAGGAAUGGGAAUCGCUGCCGAAAGACAGCCAAGAAACUUGUCACGUAAAUUGUAAAUCUUAAAACCUCUCCCUACUGGAACAAAGGGCCUACACUGAACUUAGCAUUGGAGAUUAACAACACGCCACGAUAGUUGUGUGAACUUGCAGGUUUAUUGCUGGAAAACAGAUAAAGCGCGUCUAUCACAAGCCAAAACAUUCGAUUUAAUCAAAGAGGCUGACCUUUACAGCAAAAGCCCUAAUUAUUAAAUCGCUUAUGUGUUUCUUGUUCAUCAUUUUGUUGUAGAGCGGCUGGUAUUGAUUCUUCGUCCCUCACAUAUGUCAAGCCCUACUGUCGAAUUGCACCAUAUCUUGUUGGUAUGGUGUUGGGUUACCUACUUGUUCACGCAAAGAAUUGGAAGCUUCCCUCAAAGGUACUAUGUUGUAUUUUGAUGCCUAUCCUUUUCGUUGCUUGGUGUUUAUUGCCGUUGAAUGUCGUGAAUGAUUCCGAGAGGUGCUCCCACGAUUAGCUACAAGAUUAACAUUGUAUAAUUUGUUCCAAUUACAUUUAUUUCAGAUUGCUAUCAUUAUGAAUUUUUAAUGAGUUAAAUUUACGGAUUUUUAAGUGAAUCAGUUUUUAUUGUGUUGCCGAGGAGAAAUAUUUCUGAAGAUUUAUCAGUUGCCUUUAAUUAACGCGAUCAUUAGAGAUCUUGUUUUCUCUUGUAAGACCAACAUGCGCUUGUUGAACAUGGCUGGUUGGUGUGUGGCUAUUGCCCUCGCUCUGUCGACGCUUUAUGGCGAAUACAAAGCUUUACGAAAAGACCAUCCUGAACCUUUCUCUCGCGCCGAGAAUAUCACAUACGGGACAUUUUCCCGCUUUGCGUGGAGCUUGGCCUUAGCCUGGGUGAUUUUUGCUUGUCAAAACGGAUUUGGUGGUAAGUUUUUGUGUUAUGAGAAAUCUCAGCAGUUUUACGAGGUACAUUAUGUGUUUUUGCAUUUUGAGAAUUAGGCGACUUUUGUAAUCCAUUUGUUUUUACUUGUCUUUGCUUGUCUGCUUUGAAGGUUUGGUGAAUAAAAUUUUGUCAGCUUGGUUCUGGAUUCCAUUAAGCCGUCUGACUUACUGUGCGUACCUUGUCCAUAUAAUUGCCAUUGUUGCACUCUAUGGAUCGUUCGAGACUGUGCAAGCAUAUUCUGAUGUCCACAUUGUAAGUUGUCGAUUUUGUCUUGAGAAAUUUAUAGAAAUUAAAUAGAACAACAACAUAGUUUACUUUCAUUAAUCGCGUAAACGAGCCAGUUAGUAUUAGUUGGAAACGAAUCUGAGCUCAUUAGUGUUAUCGUUUUUUAAUGGAAGGGUCAAACACAUCCAUUUGACAUUUGCUGAGUUAAAGGCUUGUGAAAAGAACUCGAGAAUGAUGUGGAAAUCUUUUCCCCUGCUUUCUUGUGAAAAAGUUGCACUCACGAGUGUGCGUUUUGACUCAACGACAAUUUAGGACUGAAGAAGAACUAAGCCGAAUUUUUAACUCACGCCUUCUUCGAAGGGCGUGAGUUAUUAGUGAAUAGUGCGACAAACAAGAAAAAUCGUCGACAUUCAAACUUCUUGCCAUUGCUUCAACUUCAUUACAGGAAUAAUCUAUCGCAGCCUUCGACAAAACUUGCCUCGACAGCUCUCUUGACAGGCACAUGAUUAUGCGUAGACCAAUGUUUCUAACUGUUGUGUUACUUUUCUUUACAGUCCAUCUCUUUUGUUGGAGUGGUCGGUAUUUCAUAUGCAGCCGCUUUCGUGGUGUCAGUUUGCGUGGAAUUUCCCAUGAUGCAGUUAGAGAAGCUUAUUUUUGAUCGUUGAUUUCUGAGGUCGUUUUCACUUGUCAUAUUGCGCCAUACAAUUAAAUGCUAAUUCUCGGUCUUAUAGCCAGAAAUUAACGAAUCUCGAAAUGCAGAAAAAUGAUAACAAACUGAACCGAAAUCUUGUCAUCAAACCUCAUAACACAAUCUUUUAAACUUUCUGAAACACCGUCCUUGUUUCCUGAGAGGUCCUCAACAUUAACUUCAUGGUUCGCAUGUUGUUAGAAAGCGUAGUAAAAUCAAGGCCACAACUCAACCUCACACAUUUAGCAAUUAUCAUCGUGCGAUAGAGCUUUUAUUAUUUUCCUUCUCAGAUAAAUAUCGUUGUAUUUCCAAGUCAAGUGACCUUGCGUACGAAAUUAAAAACAGAAUUUCGAAUUUUGAGGCCAUUUGCGAUUAAAAGCGAGAUUGAGCUGCUUGAUGGUGGGGGCGUUUCGAAAGACGUCCAUUCUAGAGACUAACUUUUGUUACCUUGCAAGCCUUGUUAACUUUUGUAUUUAACGAUAAAAUCUUGCACUUAUUUGUCAGUGGCUUCAAAAUUGUUAAUUAUAGUUAAUCUUACCGCGACAGUUUUAUGUGUUUACCAAAACAAGUUACAUGGCUAUGCAGAGGGCCUAAUACCCAUGUCUUGUACUGUUAGCUUGGUAUUUCAUAUCUAACUUUUGUAAGUAAUAAAGCAUACGAGUAAGGGCUUAAUGCCCCUUUUUAAC